AACCAGAUUCACUGUUUCAUUCUUGAAGGCAUUUCACUGCUCAUCCAAGAGGUCCCCCCUACGGUUCUCCUGGCUGCUGGCUCCUGGCUUCUCAGAAUUCGAUCAGGCAGAGUGGAUAUUGUAUGUGGUCAAUGUAUGAAGUAAAGGGCCGUGCAGAAGAGCAAGUAGCGCAGGUCCAGUCCAACAUCUAGAAUGCCUCAUUUGAAAGCAACCAGAUUCACUGUUUCAUUCUUGAAGGCAUUUCACUGCUCAUCCAAGAGGUCCCCCCUACGGUUCUCCUGGCUUCUCAGAAUUCCAUCAGGCAGCGCGUGAACAAGAUUAAAGCAUCGUUGUCGGCAGGAUUCGAACCUGCGCGGGGAGACCCCAAUGGAUUUCUAGUCCAUCGCCUUAACCACUCGGCCACGACAACCAACAUGACAAAAACCUGUUGUUGGGGUGUCAAAUGCAUACAUGUCACACGUGUUGUUCCACCAAUACUACACUACAGUACAACAUUCAUAUCAUCGCCUCACAAAGAGCUUCACAGACAGUGUGUAGGGGCUCACUGACGUAUUUUAAUAGUUUUUCCACAACAACAGAAGUCUGCGGCGCAGAAGAGUACGAUAUAACAGGCUUUGGACAGGCAACAAUGUGACGGACCCCUAAUUUGUAAUCACUUCACAAACGUUCUUGGGCAGGUUUCGUAAGAAGACUUGAGGGAACCUUGUGGUAUGUCUGCAAUUUAUUAGAAGAGAGCAACAGAGAGCCGACCUGCCCCACCCUCUGGAAGACGAAGACAAGCAUUGGAACGUUUUUUGUACCAGAAACACGUCUGUUUGUGCCGUAAAGCUGGGUAUUUCAACAUGCAGCAUGGGGGUCUACGCGGAUUGACUCGCUUUUGCAGCUAGCCUCAAGUGGCCAUUGGAGUAAGUGCAGUGUUAGGCUCUUUCACGCUGGCUUGGUUUCUCAGCCACAGAAAUUGCCACCUGCUUUGUAAACAAGGUAUCUGAACUGCGAUGGCCGGGAAUCGAACCCGGGUCAACUGCUUGGAAGGCAGCUAUGCUCACCACUAUACCACCAUCGCUGCGCAAGGUGACCUGCCACUGCCUUCACCAAUCCUUCAGAUGUUUGUAACAAACUUGAGGAACCGUCCUGUGAGCAGCGUAAACAUAGAGUCCAUGAGAGAGUCCAUCCUGAGGCUGUAUCACAACCUCAUCACAGGCUCUAAGAAGUUCCCUUUCAUUGCAUACAGAGGAUCUUUCCGCUCGUGUGUGCUGUCAACACCCUUCCAACAUAUCGAGCAGGAGCGGAGGGAGAAUACUGCUCUGUCUCCUCUAAUGGAAGGACCAUCAGGUAUAAUGGCGCCCACUGCACGCUCCGGCUCUUCUCCUCAAACUGUGCUGACUCCAGUUCUUCCUGAGAAGGCCGAUCUUGCAGCCGUGAGGGGCGACCGCAGAAACUGCGUCCACCACCUGGAGCUGGAUGGCAGAACCAUCACCAGAGUCAUCUCCCCUGUGUACAGCUCUGAGAACACGGAGCUGAUGAACCGCUGGAGACUGACCGACUACACUGCAGACGGCCACACUCUCAUGUCAGUCCUCUGCAGGUUUACCAAACAAUCAACACAGUGUGCAAAGACUCAGAGGGAGAGGAUGAAGAGGAAGGCUGCUGAAGAAGAGAGCAGCAGCAGUAGCAGCAGCAGCAGCCUGACUCCACCAAAGAAACGCCUGAGAGUGUGACAUCACAAGCACAAACCAGGACAUCCAGCAGUUCCUGGAGGACCUGGAGACUCCUGGCUCUGCAGAUUAUUUAGUGUGUUGUACGUGAUGUUUGUGACCUCAGCGUCUGGCAGGUUAACAGUAGUGAUUCUUUUUACCCCUGAGGAGUGUCUAGCAGGGCUGCUCACACCCAGGUAGCGUCUUGCACCUGAUUUUAUGGACUGUAUAUACUCAUACAGGGCUGGUCUGUGCGUCUGGCAGGGCUGGUCUGGAUAACCCAGGUAGUGUCUUGCACCGGGUUUUAUGGACUGUAUAUACUCAUGCGGGGCUGGUCUGUGCGUCUGGCAGGGCUGGUCUGGAUAACCCAGGUAGCGUCUUGCACCGGGUUGGAUGGACUGUAUAUACUCAUGCAGGGCUGGUCUGUGCGUCUGGCAGGGCUGGUCUGGAUAACCCAGGUAGCGUCUUGCACCGGGUUUUAUGGACUGUAUAUACUCAUGCAGGGCUGGUCUGUGCGUCUGGCAGGGCUGGUCUGGAUAACCCAGGUAGCGUCUUGCACUGCGGUUCAUCCACCUUUUUAUCCUCAUCCAUCUUUUUGGGCUGGCCUGAGCGUCUGGCAGGGCUGGUGAGGCCCCUGGUAGCGUCUUGCACCAGGGCCCAUGUAGACAUGCUGCAACAUAUGUAGGAUAAAGUUGGCUGAGGGUUAAAUAUUGUACAUUUGUAUAUAUUUGCUUCACUAUGGUUUGGUACACAGGUCAGUGAUUUUAGUGCGUCUUGCACAUUUCUUUAUUGACGGCUGGCCUGAGUGUCUGACAUGGUGGAACCACAGGAGAGUCACAGAGAACUCUGAGAUGUGACAUAUCUUGAAUUGAAAUUUGAUGAAGUGGAAACUCUAGAUUAAUGAGGCUGACUCAUCAGUAGGUCAGGUCUAGCUUCAGAUUUCAGUGUGAGCGAGGAACAGGAAUCACAACAGAGAGCUGCACUACUGAUCCAUCACUGACAGACAUGUGGACGAGGAAGAACAGGCUGAUAGAAAAAGAGAGAGAGGACACAAACCACUGAUGAUAUGAACCUUUCCUGAAAUUCCAGUAUUUCAUGUUAUUAUUAGAAUCAAUAUAUUGAUGAAUACUUCAGUUUAUCAACUUUAUGUCUGAGGAGAGGAACAUGAGGAGGAAACAAGAA